CUGUAGUUCUACUGUAAUUAUCCGAGGAUAAAAUUGGUUGCCCUUGCCCUUCUAGUUUGGAUAGUGUGAUUGUUCCAGGGCAAUCUUCUUCUUCUUCUUAUUAUGACUUGGACUAAAACAUUCCUUCUGAUGACAUGAAGGGAUCUGUCAAUUUUGGCAUGUCAGAAGUAUUGCUGUGAGUUGUCCAGGAUCUGGGAUAGGUUCCUUCUUUGCCCAGGUCCUUUUGACAAGUGCUAUUAUCAGAUACAGUAGUACUCUAGCCUUUCAUGCUUCAUCUUGUAGAGCUAACUUCUACAUACUGUGUUCUGUAGCUUCACACACUCUUUGCCUCUAGUUCCUGGUAAAUACGCUCUAAGUACUGUGUCACAGUGUGUGGGAGGACAGAUAUUGCGGUUUACUCUUGCCCACGCUCAAUUAAAUUUGGCUACGUCAGUAGCAGAUCACAAGACUUAGCGGGGCAGGCCUUCCUUUUUCUUAGUGGCUUCCUUUUUUCUUUCUUUGCUCCCUCCAAUUAUUCCCGUACGGUGUUAAUUAAUAAAUUAUUGUGACAAACAACAGAAACAAAAUUAUAACUGAAAAAGGAAGGCCUGCGAAGGAGGCUAUCUGGCCCCCCCCUUCUCUACUGCAGCACAAGCCCCACCUCCAAAAGUUAAAUGUUUGUUUGUCUAAGUUGAUCUAAUACCACAAUUUAUGGCCGAAUUGAACAAAGGUUAUGAAGCUCUUGUGAGCUGUCAUGAAAUGCUGGUCUCUGAAAUUGCUCAAGACCCAAAGCAGAUGGCUGUCUCAUUAUUCCAGCAUCGCUUUAUAUUAGAAGAUACGAAAGCUAAAAUCAAUGAGCUAGACCGAACCAGAAAAGAUAAAGCGAUAUUGCUAGUGGACGACAUUGAAAACAAAGUUAAGUCUCAUCCAGAGUUCUACGAAACAUUUCUACUGAUUCUCGGUGAAAACGAAUUACUAUAUUGCGACCUUGUAGAGUCACUCCUACAGCAGUAUGAAAAGUAUGGAAGGAUUGAACCUGAGUCAAAGCAUGAUCCUCUAGCCUCAGGCCAGCGCAAAAGGUCAUUGCCAUCAGAUGUAGAAGUUGAAACUCUGUCAAAGCGUCCAAAGAAUGAUGUCACUGUACAAGUUGAUACAUUUGAAGAACGAUUGCUAAAAACCUUUCGAAGUGGAGAAUUUGAACAAGCUAUUGAGAUUCUAUCCCAGGCUGAAAGUCAAUCCAUUGAUCUGAGAGACGUGUCUGAUGCAGACGGCAAAACUCUCCUUCAUCUUGCAUGUCGCAAAAACUGGGUAGACUGGUAUCACAUUGUAUAUAGGCUUGUCGAAAAGUACCAUUGUGAUGUUGCAGCAGUGGAUGAAGAUGGGAACACACUCCUUCAUGAGGCAUAUCAAUGCGGCAAUCUUCCAUGCAUAGAUUACCUGCUUACCUUACCAACUUGUAAUCCUGAUGCAAUUAACAAGCACGAGCAAACAGUACUGAGAAUGGCCCUGGAGGUAAAUGAUGAACUAACUGUAAGAAAACUUCUAGAAACUGGGCGAGUCGAUCUUGGACAAAGUAGGUCAUACGUUCAAAAGUUGCUUGCAAAGAAUCCCCAAUCACAACCACAAAGUCACGAUGGCUCAGCUCCUCUUCAGGGAAGCAUUCAAGUUGGAUCAUCAUCCCUUACUCGCUCUAUCCUCCAAUUAGCGGAAAUAUUUAUUGAUGAAGUGGUAAACUACAAUCCUUCUAGCUAAUGUUUGUUCUAGGAACUGCAUGCAGCUGAGCUUUGAUAUUGGAGAACUGGGUCUAGAUUAUGUUUUCUGUUUCUGUAUAUAUACGAGAGUGUGCAAUGUUGAGUAUUAUACACGUUACAAGUUACAAGAAUAAAGUGUCUACGAAGUAUGACUGUAUCGUUAACGGUGAAAUUUGCGGAUUUCCACAAGAAAUUAUAUCAUUUGUGUUUCCAUAGUUAUUAUCAUAUCAAGAUCAAAAAUAAUAUA